ACGCAUGCGCAUGUGUCAGCUGAUAGGUUUGGGCUGUCACAUGAAGCUUAGUAGGAAGUAGCUACGAUAGCUGAAAACGAACAUAUUUAACUGUAUUUGUGUAGUGAAUAUCUGGUAAAAUGAAAACUUUAAUAUUGUGCUAGUCAGAAAUAUUUUGCGUCAUUUGAGGAGUGGUGUUGGAAAGUGUUGCUGACCAAAUGAGUGUGCGUGCUUUGUGGAUAAUUUCUCACGAGAAGGGAGAAAAUGUGUCAAUACGCUUUUCAAGGAGGUUCCCCACCGUUGAGCACCGUGCAAAGUGCCUGGCAGGUUCCUUAUAUGUGCCAGUCCCAGAGGAGAGCACUGUGCUCCAGCUCCUACUCACUGAGCUGGGGCUGGCAGACGCAGACAAACCAUAUGUAGUGCUCAGAGAUGACUGCCUGCACCAUCAGCGAUCACCAGCCCUGGAGCUGCAUGUAGAGGGCAAGGGAGUCCUCUGGCCGGUGCUGGCCAUCUCGGAAGGACCGCUCAUCCUGGCUUGCCUGCCUUUGGUGGAGGGCCCUGCUGAGCCACGGCCACCUCUUGCCAGCCUGCUGUCGGUCUCCCAGGGCCUCACACUCCUGGCAGGCCUACAGACUUUUCUUCUUGGUUCUGGGAGUAAGCCUGAUAGCGAGGGGCUGGCGUCUCGCCUGGCAAUGCUGCCGUCGGUCCUUCUGCAGGUUUGUCCGCUUGGCACACCCCUGGAUGUCCCACAGCUGGGGGCGCCUGCCGCAUCCCUGGUGUCCACUCCUGCUGGGACCCAGAAACAGCCGGCCUGGAAGACAGGGCUGCACCGCGGUCGGGCUGUGGUGAACGUUGCUCUGACGGAAAUGGUGCGCUCCAUGCAGUAUGGUAACCAGAGCAGACAGGACCUCUGGGAUGUCUAUGGCACUGUGACAUGCAAAUGUGAAGUGGAGGGCGUGCUCCCAAACGUGAUGGUGUCUCUCACACUGCCACCAAACGGUUCACCACUGCAGGACAUCCUGGUCCACCCCUGUGUCACCUCAUUGGAUUCCAGUAUUUUGACCGCCAGCAGUGUGGAUGACUGUGAUGGCUCAGCUUUCUCUGGGCCGUACAAGUUCCCUUUUUCUCCCCCCCUGGAGCCAUUCAGACUAUGCAGCUAUACAUCCCAAGUCCCUGUACCACCCAUCCUGGGUUCCUAUCAGCUGAAGGAAGAGGAGAACCAGCUGCGGGUUUCAGUCACCCUCAAACUUCAUGAGAGUGUCAGGAAUAGUUUUGAAUACUGUGAAGCACACCUGCCCUUCUAUAAUAGGGAUCAGAUGGGUGGUGUGGAUGUGAAGGUGAGCUCUGGGCAGCUGGAGGUCUCCAAGGAGAAGAACCUGCUGGUCUGGGUUCUCGGCCAAAAGUUUCCCAAAUCCCGUGAGGUCACGAUGGACGGUAAAAUCAGCUUUUCAGGGUCGAUCCCAGGACCCACAGACCCACUCUGCACAGACCUUACAGCUUACAUUAAAUUGUAUUUCAAAGUGCCUGACAUCACGCUGUCUGGGUGCUGUGUGGACCAGCAUUCAGUGCAGGUGUAUUCCUCCGCCAAACCACGGAUCACAACAUCUCGAGAACUUCAGUCCAAAGAGUACUUCAUCUGGAAUGCAACAGGUGCUGCUCCAGUGUCCUCUGGACACAUGAUGCUGUAGCAUAGAUAUGUUAAGAGCGGCUUGGUGGAGAGGCGCUCUGUGCUCUACAUGGCAACAGAUGUGGACUUAAAGGAUCUAUCAUGGUCCAGACUGGUUAUGUGAAAACAUGGAUUGCAUUUUUUAUUAUUCCAUUGUCACUGGAGAACUCAUGAUUGAUCAAAAACUGAGAUACGAGUCAAAAUGGCUUGUAAUAGAUUGUGCAUCUAUAGGUCACAUGUAAAAGACAGAAAUCACUUUGUCCUCACUCAGUAUAUAUCUGUUUCUGCAAGUUACUGUCGAUUUGGACUUGUAAAAUUGUAAAAUAAAUGAUGAUUUGUUAAAUAUA